CCCUUGGUGCCUGAUGGGGAUUGUCAGGGUUCACGGUGAUGAGAAUACCCGACCAGGAUGCGUUGUCCACAUCCCUGCUUAUCGCUGGCCAUCCCCGUGUUUGUACACAGUAAUGCAGAGAUGCAGCGUCGAUCUCGGCCCGUCGUAACUCCGACUCCCCGAAGUCAUAGCUGCGCUCACGACGAACAACUGCAGUGGCGGUAACUGAUUGUUCGCUGUUGGCAUGGACCCCAAUGGACCGUCAAGUACUCCCGGGCUGCCUUCGCCGGGUGAUCUGAUUGCGCAGCAACGGAACGAUGCCAUCCAUGCGGCGGGGCAGCCUACAGACGGAGGCCUUUUCUCCCAGCUAACCAACAAUCCUUUCUUUACCGCGGGAUUCGGUCUCGCCGGUCUGGGCGCCGGACUCAGUCUUGCACAAAAGGGUGUCCGCCAUGGCGCCGCUCUCCUCCGCCGACGCAUGCUCGUCGAUGUCGAAAUCAGCAUCAAGGACGAUUCCUACCCGUGGUUUCUACACUGGAUGACACUGUACCAACAAUCCCAGCUUCACGCAGCCCGCUCCGCCAGCCGGUCUGGCUUUAUGGAGUCUAUCUUACAACGGUUGACACCGGGGAUGCGCCAUCUCUCUAUUCAAACACAGAAGGUUGAGCGCGCCAAUGGCGCGAUCCAGACCCACUUCGCUCUCGUGCCGGGCCCUGGACGACAUGUUUUGCGCUACAAGAACGCUUUUAUCUUCGUCAACCGAAUGCGGGAGUCCAAGUCUCAGGACCUUCAUACCGGCCGGCCGUGGGAAACCAUCACUCUGACCACGCUUUAUUCGCAUCGACACGUCUUUGAGGAGCUCUUCACCGAAGCGCAUGCGCACGCGGCCAAGUCCCACGAGGGCAAGACCUCCAUUUAUAACAGUUGGGGUGCCGAAUGGAAGCUCUUUGGACAGCCGCGGCGAAAGCGUCCGUUGGACUCGGUGGUUCUUGACGAAGGAGUCAAGGAGCGGAUUGUGGAGGACGUGCAGGACUUUGUGUCCAGUGGCAAAUGGUAUCACGACCGGGGCAUCCCGUACCGCCGGGGCUACCUACUCUAUGGACCUCCUGGAACGGGUAAAAGUUCGUUCAUUCAGGCCUUGGCGGGCGAGUUGGACUAUGACAUUGCCAUUUUGAACCUCAGCGAGCGAGGAUUGACCGAUGACCGGCUAAACCACCUCUUGACGAUUGUUCCGAACCGGACCCUGGUCUUGCUUGAAGAUGUGGAUGCUGCAUUUUCGAACCGCCGGACACAAACGGAUGAAGACGGGUAUCGCGGAGCCAAUGUGACCUUUUCGGGUCUCUUGAAUGCCCUGGAUGGGGUGGCAAGCGCCGAGGAACGGAUUAUCUUCCUCACCACCAACCACGUUGAACGACUGGAUGAGGCGCUCGUCCGGCCGGGUCGGGUGGACAUGACCGUGCGCCUGGGCGAGGUGACUCGCUAUCAAGUCGGCUGUCUCUGGGACCGGUUCUACGGCGAAUUGGACCCGAGCGGCUCCAACCGACAGGUAUUCCUCACCCGGCUGCAAGAACUGGGACUGAUCGAGGAUGAGAACGGCUUCAAGGCCGAUCGAUCGAGGAGCACCAGCGCUGCCGCCCUGCAGGGGCUGUUCCUGUACAACAAGGGCAAUAUGGAGGGAGCCAUUGCGAUGGCCGAGGGGCUGACCUUUCGGGUUCAUGAGGAGGCUAUGGAGCAUGAGAACUAGCUGUACAAUAGAGCGCCAUGUAUAUUAAUCGGGGCAAAUGUACCAUACCAAUGAACCAGUAGACUAGUUGGGGUGGAGGCGUGGAAUGCGCUGGCCAUCUGCAGUCUCCUGCAUUGUAUACUAUCUCGG